GGAGUUUGAGAACCAAGUCGUUAUCCGGAUAUCCCCACGGGGAAUUGGACGAAGCAAGCGAAUCUCAGCAUCUUCACGUCGUCGUCAUGAGCGCGUUCGGGAGAUACCUCAACGCUGGAUCGAACAACGACGCCAAGAAUAGCGCCACGAGUGGGUUUGCAUCAACGAUUGGGCCACCCGCCGGCUCGACGGCGUCUGCUGCGGUGUCACGUCUGGGGGGAAUUUUCUCUGCAGCAUCAAAGCUCGGGUCCACACUAGGUGUGUCCGCUGCUGCCCCUGGACCUGCCCAAAAACAACAGCCUGAAAAGGUGAACCGCGAUGGUCAAAUGGCCGAGUACGUGUACGAGUACGACCGCGCGGAUGGAACAGUGCUGCGGCCCAGCAUCGAUCCGAAGCGAUACGGCGACGAACGCGCCGUCGUCGGUGUAGGCGACGACGUGUUUCCGACAAUUACGUUGGACGAAGAGUGCGAGUGGACGAGUGCAUGGGAAGUCGACAUGUCGAACUGGGCGAGUGUCGACAAGGACGGGUGGACGUACGGUGCUGACUGGACCGACAUCUUAAAACUGGCGCGCGACGAACUCUCACAUGCGACUAAACAUCCCAACGAUUUCGUGCGCCGUCGACGGCACAUUCGCUACUGGAAGCGCCGCGACGACAACUCCGCCGAAGGGGGGGACGCAGCGAACGACUCGUGGAGUGGCGACGCCGACACCACCUUGAUGGACGAAGACAACGACGAUCCGUUCUCCCGUACGGCGCAGAAGAAGCAAUCUGGCUUCCGCUUUGCCGCGCGGGCUGGAAAAGACUACACGAAAGACUACAACAACAUUAGCGACCUCAACUCGUUGACGUGGCUCGUCAAUGCCAACGAAACGAGCUCCGCUCCGACGGACGAAGCCAUUCGCGAAAAGACAGCGAACCUUGAAGAGCGCAUCAAGGAAGCGUCCGAGAAGUCGGCGGCCCAAGAACAAGCGCUACGACUCAAGCACCAGAAAAAGGCCAAGGAAGUCGCGUUGCAGCAGCGAAAACUCGCGCUUCUCGUCGAGCAGUAUCGCAAAGUGAAAAGCGAGCACGACGUGUUGCAGGCAAAUGCUGCAGAGUUGACGCGCGUCGUGGAGCAACUGCGCAAGGAGGCGACGGAGAAGGAUAUUGUGGCGAACGACGACCAGCGCGCGAUCAAUGCGGAAAUGCAAGCAGCGAACCAAGCGCUUGAAGAAAAGGCCAAAGCGCUUGCAACUGCGCGCAUUCGAUACAAGCGGGAUAAUAAAUCGCUGACGGCGGCGAUUCAAGCGGCAAAGCAGCGACUGGAACAGCAGGAACAGGCCAAGGCCGCUGGCAUGGCGCAGGAUCCGGUCGCAAAGGAGCUGGAGGAGAUUGUAGACAAGCUGACCAAAUUGCAUGCCAAAGUGGACGCCGUCAAGCAGCAUCGUCUUGCGAUCGAAGAAGAGCGCAAGGAAAUGUUCAACCAGGUUGUGGAGAAGAAGUCAGAUCUGCGAUUACAAUCCAAGCUCAAGGUGGAAACGUCGUUGGCGGACGUCGACGCCAAGUUGUCGACCCUCAAGAGCGAGCAGGAGAGCGUGAUCAAGUUGUUUGCGAGCAAGCCGGAGGGCAAAGUUCUCGAGCAACUGAACAAACGGCGCAAUGAAAUUCGGAAUGAAAUGUCAGCACUCAAGGAACGCCGCAUGGAACUCACAGCUAAGCAACGACAAGUCGAGUUGUAGCAACGUUGUAUUCGUGAAUACAAACGAGUGUGAGUGCUGCUCACGUCGGCUUUGUCUCCAGCACGACAUACACUGCCCGAUCUCGUGUUCCAGCUCUUUCGGCUGAGACGUCAUGGAUGAUGAUGCUGCCGGACUUG